CUUACCCACCCCACCUUUUCCCUUCUGACCAUGCCUAGCUUUGUUGGUGCUAUUGACCAAGGAACCACUUCAUCAAGAUUUCUCGUCUUCAACGAUGAAGGUGCUAUUGUUGCAUCGCAUCAGAUGGAGUUCGAGCAACACUAUCCCAAUCCUGGUUGGGUAGAACAUGAUCCCUAUGAUUUAAUUGACUCUACUCGUACCUGUAUCGAACAUGCUAUCCGCAAGUUCGAGGAACUUGGACACAGCGUCUCUGACAUUAAGGGCAUUGGCAUUACCAACCAAAGAGAAACCGCUGUGGUCUGGGAUCGCAUUUCGGGCAAGCCAUUGUGUCCUGCCAUUGUAUGGUCUGAUGGCCGUACUGCUGAAACCGUCAAGAAGCUUGCUUCCAAGAGCGACAAAGGCACUGAGGCUAUCAAGGAUGUGUGUGGUCUGCCACUGACUACUUACUUCAGUGGUGUCAAGCUGAGAUGGAUGCUGGAUCACAAUGACCAUGUCAAGCAGGCUCAUGACGAAGGUCGCUUGAUGUUUGGUACUGUCGAUUCCUGGCUUAUUUAUAAUUUGACAGGCGGAAAAGAUGGCGGUUUGCACGUUACCGAUGUUACCAACGCUAGCCGUACCAUGCUCAUGGACAUUCACACUCUCAAAUGGAGUGACCAGAUAUUAGAAUUCUUUGGAUUCAAUGCAGAUAUUUUGCCUCGCAUUGUGUCUUCUUCAGAGAUCUAUGGCCAGGUCCAAGGCGGCUCACUGAACGGAAUUCCUAUUGCCGGUUGUCUUGGUGACCAGCAAGCUGCUCUUGUCGGACAGAAAUGUUUCAACGUCGGCGAUGCCAAGAACACAUACGGUACAGGUUGCUUCAUGUUGUUCAAUACUGGCGACGAAGCCGUCAUUUCCAAGAACGGCCUUCUGACUACUGUGGGUUAUCAAUUCGGGGACAAUAAGCCCGCCUAUGCCCUCGAAGGUUCCAUUGCCGUUGCUGGUUCCUCCAUUCAAUUCUUGCGUGACAAUCUAAAGAUGAUCAGCUCUGCCCCUGAAGUCAACGUCUUGGCUUCUGCCGUCAAAGACACCGCCGGGGUCUACUUUGUUACUGCAUUCUCUGGUCUAUUUGCUCCGUACUGGAGAGAUGAUGCCCGUGGUACCAUUUGUGGCAUCACCCAGUUCACUACCCGUGAGCACAUCGCACGCGCUACCUUGGAGGCCUCCUGUUAUCAGACCCGCGCUAUCCUCGAUGCCAUGAAUGCUGACUCUGGAAAGCCCCUCAAGAGUCUCAAGGUCGACGGUGGUUUGACUAACUCUGAUCUCUGCAUGCAAAUUCAAGCUGAUAUUUUGGGCAUCGAGGUCGACCGACCUCGCAUGAGAGAGACCACUGCCUUAGGCUCAGCCAUUGCUGCUGGUUUUGCGGUUGGCAUAUGGCAGAGCUUUGAUCAACUCCAGAGCAUCAAUGCUGAAGGUCACACUAUCUUCAAGUCUGAGAUCUCAGAGGAGGAUCGCAACAAGAAGAUCAAGGGCUGGGAACAUGCCGUUGAGCGAUCCUUUGGUUGGGCGAACUAAACACUGCACAUGUUUUACUCUAUGUAAUCCCCUAUCUGCUUUUCAACAUGAUGUGUAAAUGAAAUUUCUUUUUUAAAUAAACUAUAUUGGUAUACCCU